AUGAAAUUAUCGGUAGCGCUUGGGCUUAGCCCAAAUCUAGUGGCUGGAAUAUGCGAAAUGAUGAAGGAAAAAGUCCCGAGUCCAGAACAAUGGAGAAAUUUAACUCAACACGGGCAAAAUUAUCACGGACAACUUCGACUAGCUGGCGAAACAGAAGUAUACGGGCGUGGCGCGCUGCAAAUUUUUAACGAAAUCGAGCAAGAAUGGGGAACACUGAGCAAGAUCGGAUUCGACUACAGCGAAGCCAUGGUCGCUUGUACCGGAUUAGGCUUCGGAUGCGUGAUGGGCUGGGGCACACUUGGACAAUGGAAGGACAAGUUGAACUACGAAGACCGCUUUAUGGUGCAACAAAAAGACCUGCCCACGGGGUACUUUGGCCUCGAUUGCCACGGGGAUGAGCCUACUCUAGGUUAUUGUUGCCCUGGAGAGAAAAGAUGGGGGAGCAAACUUGGCCAUAAUUUUGACCAUGACGAUGAUGUUGUCCUCCAUUGUGGAUUUGCGAAGGAUAUUGGAUUUGGGCCGGAAACUGUUUGUCCUCAUAGAACGACUUUGAGCAAUUCUGAAGCUGGUGGCUCCUGCAGAGAAGGUCGAGUUCGACUAACUGGUGGAGACGAUGCGCUUAACUGGGGCCGCUUGGAAAUCUCGCAUGCCGGUCAAUUUGGAUCAGUUUCUGCUGAUGAAUUUACAAAAGUUGCCGCAGAUAUUGCUUGCCGGUCGAUGGGAUUUUCGGAAGGAGCGAAAUUGUAUAAAGCGAAAAAAGAUGUUCUUCAAGAAAUGACUCUGACGGAGAAAGAUUCUGAAUACAUGCAUAUUUGGAUGUGGUCCCUCAAAUGCAGAGGAAGAGAGCAAUCUCUACGCCAAUGCCUUUUCGGCGGCCAGACGACUCCGCUGAAGCGAUCAGAUCGACUUUCUUGGGGAAAAUACGCUCGUUUCCCAUUUUCAAAAUACUGGGGUUACACUCCAGCGAAUCUGUAUGAUCAUGAGAACGAUGUUGUACUUUGGUGUUCUGGAGAGCCCGAUAUGGACAAAGUCGACGAAAAUUGUGUUGGAACGGAGACUUACAAGAAGAUGUUUGCCAAGUUUGCUCCGACAACUACCACGACGACGACAACGAAAAAGCCGACAACAACAACCACAAGCACAACAACCACAACAACAACGACGACGACGACUACGACGAGUACGACAACGACGACGACAACCAAAAAGCCAACAACAACAACUCUUGUCCCAACGACAACGACAACUACCUCAUCAACAGUGACAACAACCUCAACACCGUCAAAAGCAACAACAAGUGAGCCCUCGACGGGGAUUUUCCACCUCUCCUACCUCAUUUCUGACAAAGCCCCGGGCCGCUCUGAAGUCGAAUUCACAGAAGAUGUCGCAAGCGCAAUUAAGAAAUCGCUCGGAUCAUCCGUCGAAAAGGAAAUUUUAUCUGUCUCCGUCCGGGAACUUGGAACGAAUUCGGGCAAAUGGGAUGUCGCAGCAAUCGUCAAAGCAGAAUCACUUUCGCUUCAGGAAAUGAAAGACAAAACUGCAGUCUCGAACAGUGUCGCACGGAAGAGAUUCAACCAAAAAGACAUGUCCUUCAGCGUGGUUGUAUCAAACUCAGAUUAUCAAGUGCCUGGAAUCAUCGCAGUCCCAUUUUAUGACUCCCCUGAAAUCGUCACGGAAAAGCCAAAUUCCUCAAACGCACCUGUGAUUCCAACGCAAUCACCAAUUAGCCAAAAAUCAUCAUCUGAUAAGCCAAACACAUCAGAAUCGACAGAAACAAUGCCAAACCUUGCCGAACUUGAAAGUAUUGUUGUGACGGAAGUCGCAACUGAUGGUCCAAAAGCCAGCUCGGAUGUGACAACAACUCUUGAAAUCAAAGAAGAGGAAGUAAUUGCCGAGAAAUCACAAGGCGCAGAAGAUGCCGAUGAGCUUAUUGUUCUCGAGCCAGAUUUGGUCAACCCGAUUUCAACAAAGAAAAUUGAAACAUCAACGAAAUCGGCAACAACAACGACAACUAGAACUACUACUUCAACUCCGAAGCCGACAACGACUACAACCCAAACUCCUACCCCAACAACGACAACGACAACUACCCAGAAAAAAACAUCAGCAACUUUGAAAAUGACAAAAGAACCGAGAAUCCUUUCCACAGAAAAACUCACAACCAGUGUGGAAACAGAAAGAAAUGAAAUGCUCGAAGCUGACCCUGAUGCAGCUGGGAUGAAUAUGAUUGUUGUCGGAGGAGUAAUUGGCCUUGUUGUCAUUCUCGGAGCGAUUGUUGUUAGCUUUCACUUCAAGAAACGAUCGAAACUUCAAAAAGAUUCCCGAGCAAGUCUCAACGCCUCCCUCCAAUCCGGCAAAGCUGAAUCCUCCAGCUCCAACGCCACCAACGGCUACCUCCAAAUGAACACGGAAGACCCCGACCUCAAGAUCAUCCGCGACGAUUCCCUCGACCCCAUCGACGCAACCGAACCCCACGAGACUCAAAAUUUUAUUCCAAAAGUUUCACGCGUCAGCGAGUACAAAUUCGACAGCAGUUGA